GCAAGCAGGGCUGUCAUUCUCGCUGGUGGAGAGGCGAGAGAGAGGCAGCCUGGGGAAAGGAAAAAAUGCACGUUGAGCUUUGUUGUGGAAAUCCUGGUUACCUGGCAUAAAUCCUACAUCAUGGGUAAUUUACUGGAAUUGGCCUGAAAGGAGUCACCAGUGGCACUGGAUUAUUGACCCCUAGCCAUUGGCUUUUCACAAUGAAUGGAAGGUCAUGCAGCAUGAAUCUCCACCGUACAUCAGGCACUCCACAGGGGCCAGGGAUGAUCAGUAGCCAGCACAUCCCUCCUGUCAGAGUCCCAUCAGGGACAUCUUGCCCAUCAUCCAAUGGCAGUACUCCCAGCCCUGCUGUUGGAAAUCUCCAUCUCAAGCUGCACUCAGGAGGAGGGAUAGUUCCUCAGAACAACUCAGCGGAUAGCCCCAUCCACCUUCCAGCACUGAGCCCCAGGAGACAAGUGGUUACCAAUGGAAAACCUCUAUUUCAGGUCCCUCAGGGGCCAGGAAUGCCAAUGUCACAUUCUUUGAAGCCAAAACAGCAGGACUUUGGAAACCCCUUUCCUACAAAUCAAGGGAAAGGGGGUCUUGGCUAUGGGCCUCAGUGCAAGUCCAUUGGAAAAGGCAGCUGCAACAAUCUAGUGGUCACCAGCAGUCCCAUGAUGGUUCAACGGCUGGGACCCAUAUCACCUCCUGCCAACCAGGUCUCUACAGCAUGCAACCAGAUCAGUCCUAGCUUACAGAGGGCAAUGAAUGCAACCAACAUGAAUAUACCUCCUGAUACCAGAUCCCUCAUGUCACGGGAGUCUUUGGCAUCCACAACUUUGAGUCUGUCAGAAAGUCAGUCAGCCUUGAGUGUGAAGCAAGAGUGGUCUCAUGGCUACAGGACUCUUCCUUCCCUUUCUUCCAACUCAGGCUCUCAGAACGGCAGUGAUCUAGGAGACUUAUUUGGCAUCCCACCUGGGACCCCUAUGUCCAACAAUAGUGUCUCCAAUUCAUUGCCGUCUUAUCUUUUUGGGAUGGAAAACAGCCACUCCCCUUACCCUAGCCCCAGAAAUUCCUCUACCAGGUCUCACUCAGCCCGUUCUAAGAAGAGAGCUAUUUCUUUGUCUCCUUUGUCUGAUGGCAUUGGCAUUGACUUCAACACGAUCAUCCGGACCUCCCCAACAUCCUUAGUAGCGUAUAUCAAUGGUUCCCGGGCAUCACCUGCCAAUAUUUCCCCCCAACCAGAAGUCUAUGGACAUUUUCUAGGAGUGCGGGGUAGCUGUAUUCCUCAGUCGUGCUCCAUCCCAAGCACUCAACGCAGUCUUCUGGUGACCAGCGGCAGCCUCACGAUCCCUGCUUACAAUGAGAAUGGGAUGGUGGAAUACCAGCGCAUGCAGCAGUUGGAGCAGAGCAGCCUACAGUCCGCAAUUAUGAACAAUAUGGUGGUACAGCAGGGUCUGCCUGUCUCAGACAGCCAGCCAGGUGGUUUAUUGAAAAGCGAACGCUUAGACGACUUCCCAGGUGGUGCCAUUGAUAUUCCUCCACCGCCACCCCCUUCUUUGCCACCACCACCACAAGGGCCGCCACCCCCUUACCACGCCCAUCAGCACCUUCACCAGCCUGAGCUCAUUCACCAUCCCCACCCACUCCCUUUGCCCCCUUCUGCCCAAGUUCCACAACAGGAAGAGGAUGGAGAGUUAGAUGAUUUUAAUGGAAAACACUGCUGUCGCUGGAUUGACUGCAGUGCCGCGUACGACCAGCAAGAGGAGCUUGUACGGCACAUAGAGAAAGUUCACAUAGACCAGAGGAAAGGAGAGGACUUCACUUGUUUUUGGGCUGGCUGCCCUAGAAGAUACAAGCCAUUCAACGCCCGAUACAAAUUGUUGAUCCACAUGAGAGUCCACUCAGGAGAGAAGCCGAACAAGUGUACGUUUGAGGGUUGCAAGAAGGCCUUUUCAAGACUAGAAAAUUUGAAAAUUCACCUGAGAAGCCACACAGGAGAGAAACCAUAUCUGUGCCAGCAUCCAGGAUGUCAGAAAGCCUUCAGUAACUCCAGUGAUCGAGCCAAGCACCAGAGGACCCAUCUGGAUACUAAACCUUAUGCAUGUCAAAUUCCAGGAUGUACCAAACGCUACACAGAUCCAAGUUCCCUAAGAAAGCACGUCAAGGCACAUUCUUCCAAAGACCAACAGGCAAGAAAAAAGUUGCGGUCAAGCAUGGAGCUCGAUCAAGAUAUCUUCAAUAGUUGUCUCACCAUUCAGCCUCUCCAAUCUACCACUUCCCCACAAGAUGUUGCAGAUGGUACCAUGGGAAGAUCUCCAGGAUCUGUCCAUGACAUGUAUUCAGCCACGAUUUUCUCCAGCACUCACUCAAGCAGGAGUGGAACAGCUGCUGGGGCUGGGCCUCCCCCACAUCCCGUCAGUCACCCUUCUCCGGGACAUAAUGUACAGGGGAGCCCCCACAACCCCUCCUCCCAGUUACCUCCUCUUUCGGCUGUGGACUCAGGAACUGAAAGGUUUGCCCCUUCUGUUCCAUCUCCCCAGCAUAUCAGCCCUCGGAGAAUGCCAGCCCCCACUUCAGUUAUGCAGAGACCACCACCUUCCCAUGUUCAGCAGUCAGCAGCGUCUCACUUGAAAUCAUACCAGCCAGUAACCAGUUCUUCCUUUCAACCAAAUGGCAUCCAUGUUCAUGGGUUCUAUGGGCAGCUGCAGACAUUUUGUCCUCCCCACUACAGUGAUCCUCAGAGAAACAUGGCCCAUGGCAACUCCUGCAAUAUGGUGCCUUCCUUUGAAGACUGCCUCGUCCCUGCAUCCAUGGGUCAGGCAGGGUUCGAUGUUUUCCACAGAGCUUUUUCAGCUCAUUCGGGCAUCACAGUGUACGAUCUGCCUGCAGGUCCCACUGGCAUCUUUGGAGAGUCUCUCCGGAAUGGACCUGAAGAUACCACUUUCCUGCAGAUCAGUGCUGUGGAUCGCUGCCCCAGCCAGCUUUCCUCUGUCUAUACUGAAGGCUAAAAGCCACCCUCGCAGCUAAUGCUCUUCCCUAAACCCUCUGCUUCAAAUCCCCUGCCUUCCUCCCAAUGAGGAUCCUGAGCCCCAGGUCUGCAAAGCCCAAGACCACAAAAGGAUCCUUGCAAAAGAGGGCUGGGAGAUAGGUCGUCCUCCCCAAGCCUUCAGAAGGUCAGAAGUCCUUUUUCCUUUUGAUAGGUGAGUCACUCGACAACCCUACUCUCUUUUCAAAGGGAAUUCAAAGACAAUGAGAAGACGACUGUUGUUGGGAGACUUUUCACAUGGAACCACUGAAAUCAUGAAAGAAAAAAUACAGGCUUGUUUUGAGGACAAUCCUCUUCUCAAACAAGGACACUGAGGCACAAUACAAGCCUCUUAAGGCACAGAGCUAGGUAAUGCUUCUGCAGCUACGCAAAGCCAAACAUAAAAGGGAAAAAAAAGAAAAGAAGCACUCCUGACAGAUGCUCGCCUCCCAGUGGCCUUCCAGGAUGUUCCCUGGCCCCAGGAUCUCCAGCAAGCUUGGUUCAGCUCUCCCAUUUUAUAUCCACAGGCUUACCAGUAGAAUGCUUUUUGUUAUUUCUCUAAUUACAUUAUGUUAUGCAGUGAAUAAAAAGAAUCUGCCAAGUACAGUGACUUGAAAGACAACUUACUUUUAUCUCAACAAUUUUUCCACUUGUAAGAAUUAGGGCACCUUUUUGUCACUUAAAAGAAAAAGAAAAAACAAGCAAAAAAAAAAAAAAAACCAAACCAACAACUUUCUUGUGGCCUAUUUCUGGAAUGGCCAAAUAAAUAAAUAAAGCACCUCUAUUUGUAUUUCCCCAUCCUUGAAAAUCCUUCCCACACAGAUGCAGCAGUGCUUGGGACUAUUCUGAUUUUUCGGAGUUUUGUAGUUACCAGAAGAUAAGUGUCUGAAUUAUAUUCGAUAUGCUCCUCCAGCACCAAAUGCAAUGUCUUAGAGCUGAUUUAAUUCAGUAAGCUUUGGGCCUCCCAUUCCAAGGAGCUUCUGCCAAGAGAAGGGCUACAAAUUGAUAAAUUAAAUUCUAUUUUGGUGCUCUGGCCAGGUGAGACAUUAGCAGGUCUUUGGAUGAAUGAGGCAGAGUCUGGGGGAAGUGAGAGGAAGGUGGGAGGUUCUAGAUAUGGUAUCUGCAUAGGAAGAAACUAAUGAGAUAUUGAGGUGAACAAUGAAUCUGUAAAUACAAUCCUCCCUCCUUGAUAGCUUGAUACUGUGCUCUUUCCUUUCCCCCCUCCAUCUCCCCAUUUUUUCCUUCCUUAUCUGUCUCCUCCUGCUGCUCCACAACCCCAGCUCAGACCCAGGCCCACUGCACUCCCAAUGGCCAGUUACCAGCUUUGGAGAAAAACAGUUAAAAGUGAUAAUGGUUGAAGUUUGGGACAUGGAAUACAGAUUAGUAGACAGAAGAGAAAUGGGAAACCACCAUUUCUGAAAUGUUAUCUUGGAAGCCUAGAAUUUAAAUUGUGCUUUAUAUUAGUACAUAAAUUUCAAGACUAUGUGGAAAGCCACUAUUUCUGAUAUCUUUUUAAGAGUAACAAGUUCUGGGGCAUAAGGCUAUUAAAAUGUUCAAAAUACACUAAAAACAUUUUGGUACUAUUAUAUUUAAAAAUUAAAGCUAUCUUUCUUUUUUUCUUUACAAUAACAGAAGGGAAAUAACCUCAUUAGCAAAAACUAUUAUUAGCACAAUAAAGAAAUCUGGUGUUGUGCCUAAAAUCAUGGAUAAUUUCAAAUGCUGCUAAGUGACUCGUGAGUUUCAGUAAAUCCUUUCUUAAGGAUUCUAAAGUUCAGUCCCAAAAUCAAGCCUAAUGUCUUUAGAAAAGUACAUGCCUGUCAGUUUGUUCCAGACGUGUCAAAUACACAGCCCAUAGGCGCCUUUGCAUCACUAUCCCCCAAGUGGACCUAAACCAAAUUAAACUGUAAUUGGCAAAUAUUUAACAAAAUAAAUAAAAUUACAAUAUAACAUAGAAAAUGUUAGCAUGUGAUUUUCUAAGUCAAUAUUGGCUUGCAGGGGUUUAGUGGCCUUUUUCAAUUUGAGUUUUAUACCACUAGACUACACUAUGGACCCAGAUGCAAACAGGUAAACUUCUCUAUAUACAAAUGGGCCAUACCAUAAAAAAAAUCAGUAAAUAAAGAUUCAAACUUGUAAGUACUUAUUUGAGGACCAAUUAUUUUAUCUUACAUAAGGUUACUUCAGUAUAUUUAAAAUAUAAUUUAAAAACAAAAAUUAAACUGUUUUGCACAUUUUCAGGACCUUAUAAAUCAAUGUCAGCAAGUAUUUUUAAGCACUAUUAAAUUCCAGGCACUAUGUUAGGUGCUAAGAAUACAAAGACAAAAAUUAAAUAUUCCAUGCCCUCAAGAAAUUUAUUUUCUUUUUUUUUUGGGGGGGUGAGGGUAGUAACUUACAAAUACAUUUUGUACACUUUUAGUAAAAUCUCUCUAGUCCAAAUCAUCCUAUUUCAUCCUUUUUCAAACUCGGGACAAAAAAAAAAAAAGAAAACUACUUUAGACUUUUCAGAGAAAACCAAUUAAUUCUGAACUCUGGAACAUUUAUAACUUACUUAAAAUACAUAACAAUUUAUUCACGAAGAGAAAGGAAGAAAAGGGUGAAACAGUUCCUAGAUUGGUGAUAUUACCAAUUAAUCUCACUGUCACAGCAUGUGACUAUGAUAUUAAUCCUAACAUGGAAAGAGAGCUAGGGUGAAGUAGAAAAAAAAAUCAAGGAUAAUUAUCAGCAAUCUAUUCUAAAUGCUGGCAUCCCAUACCCAGUAACAGUUUGCCUUUCUACGAAGACAUACUUGGUUCUCUGACUCCUAGUGUUAUUUCUAGCUUUUCCUUAGUAACUGACACCCAUCACUGGCACUUGUCAACAUUUAUGGCAUGAAAGCCACCACAUAGGUACUGCAGGAGGAGCUACAAACAAUGAAAUCAGGGAUUCUUUCUAGGUGACUCUGUAGUUAGGGUGCUGGACCAGGAGUCGGGGAAAAAUCGAGUUCAAUCAGUUUCAGUCAUUUGUUAACUAUGUGCCACUGAGCAAAACACUUAGACUCUGCCUCAGUUUCUUCAUGUGUAAAAUGGAGUUAAAAAUAGCAACCUCCCUGCCAUGGCUAUCAUGAAGAGAAAAUGAGACAUUUUAGUAUUACUUUGUAAAUCUUGAAGUACUUUAUUAUGCUAUUAUUAUUACUAUAUUCAUAGUAUUUUAGAAGACCAUCUUUUGGAAAAGACUUUGGAGAUCAUCUACUUUAAUUUUAUUUGUAGAUGAGUAUAGUGAAGCUCAGAGACAUAAAGUGACUUGCCUGAGGUCACAUGAGUAAUUUGCAGCAAAGUCAAGACUUGAACCAAGGUCUUCUAAAACAUUUCACUGUACCACAGAUGGCAAGCCCAAUCUAUAAAGCCCUGUAAUACAUCAUUAGACAAAUGGGAAAAGAGAGUGGUUGACACUUUAAAAAAAUCUCACCCCUACAUAAUUCUCCAUGUCAUCCUUACCAGGGAUCCAUGCUUCAGCCCUACCUAAAUAGAUCUACAGGAAGUGUGUAUGUGCUUUCGUUAUUAUUCUGGUACUAUUGUAAGCCUACUUCAGGAAAUUGUUCCCUAUCCAUUUUUAGCUUAUUAUGUAACUUUUCUGAAAUAUCUGAAUGGGGAUUGUCUAUCCCCUGAUUUUUCUUUUCUGUCUCUCUCUUUUUUAAAAGAGGUGCUUGUGAAUACACACACAUACACACAGUUCAAUGCCUGUUAUCUAAUGGCAUUAAAGCAAUAUGCCUGAAGACAUUUUGUUUGCUGCAUUAUCUUAAUUCUCAAAAGGGAUUAUAUCCAAAAGGCUGUUAGAGUUUAGAUUCAGAUCCAAUAUGAUCUAAGUCCUCACUCGCCCUUUAUUUAUCUCUCUUUGCCUUCUUUGCCAAGUAUCACAGAGGUAACUCUAUGGUUAUAAAAGGACCUUUCUACUGGACUACAGUGGUGAUUCCACUUAUGGGGUCAGGGAUGGCCAAUUAUGAGAAAAUCCAAAAAGCUUGGUCAUAAGACCACUCUCUCAAGGGGGAAAAUGUUGCCCUCAUCUGCCUGAGACCACCAUUUUAUCUUGAUUGCCUUGAAGGCUUGGAAAUAAUGACUUGAUGCAUCAUUUGGGAUUUCUAUCUCUUUCAACUAUGUCAUCUUUUUGCAGCAUUUUUUAAUGGCACUUUUGUUGGUAUGGAAUUUGUGUGGUUUUUUUUCUUUGAACAGCUACAGCAGAGAGGAACAUAUUGGAAAAUAAUAGUAUGUGCAAAAAAAAAAAAAAAGAAGAAGAAAAGAUUUAUUUUG